ACCAAGCUGAGGUGAGACGGGUGUUGAGGGAAGUUUUGGUGGGUCGGGAGGAUCCUCAGGGUUUCUUUGCGAUGUGUUUGUCCGUCCUGGGCCACCAGGAGACCCGCACACAGUUCCAGUCCAUCAUCAAGCCUCUGUCCACGGCCAACCUCUGCCUGCACUCCGUCCUCACCUCCAUCUAUCAGCAAUAUUUCUCCAAGACCGAGGAUGACGAACUACAACUUGCUUUGACUCUCUCUCUUCUGGAAAUGGAAGAAAACCAGAUGUCAACCAGAAACCAAGAAUCACAGCUCCUCCAGUCAGAAAUCAGAGGCGGUCCAAGUAGCUUUUUUCAACUUAAAUCAUCAUCAACAUCUCAGGAAAAAAACUGUACCCAUCUAGUACCUAAUGGAGAAAAUACUACCACUUCAGCACCAACUGGAUCCUGGAACAAAAAUUGCCCUCUGCAGAUAAACCAAGAGACUGAGCCUCAAAAAAGUUCACAUCCCAACAGAGAUAACCAGAUUCAUCAAACAGGUCAGACUCUUUGUGUCAAGGAGUCAUCUGCUUCCUUUUCCAUGCUAGACACUUUAAGUAAAGAUGACCCGAUGAUGGAGGAAGGAGAUUUAAAUAAAUCAGACAAACCCAAACGCUCAAAGAAUAGGCGGCAGCGGCGAAAAGGAACUAGCCAACAGCUUGUUGGUUUGUCCCACUCUCUGUUAGCACCACCACCGGUUUUGCUGUGGUUCAGGAGGGAUUUGAGACUAUGGGAUAACCCUGCUCUUAUCGGAUCACUGGAACUGGGAGCGCCUGUCAUCCCCGUUUUUAUUUGGAGUCCUGAAGAGGAGGAAGGACCGGGGAUCACUGUGGCUAUGGGGGGUGCUUGCAAAUAUUGGCUUCAUCAAGCUUUAUCUUGUUUAUGUACAUCCCUGGAACACAUUGGCAGUCAUCUCAUAUUCCUCAAAGCCAGCGGAGAGGUGAAUGAAGUCAGAUCUUCUCUGCACACACUGAAGCAACUUGUGAAGGAGACUGGGGCAAGAACUCUAAUGGCUAAUGCCCUGUAUGAACCCUGGCUGAAGGAGCGGGAUGUUGCUGUGGCAUCAGUUCUGCAGAAAGAAGGUGUUGAAUGCAAGAUGUUCCACUCUUACUGCCUCAGGGACCCAUAUACAGUCAGCACAGAAGGUGUAGGACUCAGAGGAAUAGGUUCAGUGUCUCACUUCAUGAGCUGCUGUGGACAGAAUCCUGGGUCUCCUAUGGGGGUUCCUCUUGACCCUCCAGUGUCUCUUCCCACACCGGCCCACUGGCCUCAGGGAAUUCCUUUAGAUUCACUCAGCCUGGCUCGCAUGCCCCGCAGAAAAGAUGGCACAGUAGUCGACUGGGCAGCUAACAUUCAAAAAUCCUGGGACUUUAGUGAAGCAGGAGCACAUGCCCGACUUGAUGCCUUUCUUCGUGAUGGAGUGUAUAGGUAUGAAAAAGAGUCAGGCAGAGCAGAUGCUCCGAACACCAGCUCUCUGUCUCCCUACCUUCACUUUGGUCAGCUCAGUCCACGGUGGCUGUGGUGGAAUGCCAAACGAGCACGCUGUCGACCUCCAAAGUUCCAGCGCAAACUGGCGUGGAGAGAUCUGGCCUAUUGGCAGUUAACUCUGUUUCCUGAUCUCCCCUGGGAAUCCCUCAGACCACCAUACAAGGCUCUGAGGUGGAGUACUGAUCGCAGCCACCUGAAGGCGUGGCAGCGAGGUCAAACGGGCUACCCUCUGGUUGACGCAGCCAUGAGGCAGCUGUGGCAAACAGGCUGGAUGAACAACUACAUGAGGCAUGUCGUGGCAUCUUUUCUCAUCGCCUAUCUCUAUCUACCUUGGCAGGAGGGCUAUCGCUGGUUUCAGGACACACUGGUGGAUGCAGAUGUCGCCAUAGAUGCUAUGAUGUGGCAGAAUGGGGGGAUGAGUGGCUUAGAUCACUGGAACUUUGUCAUGCACCCCGUUGAUGCAGCGAUGACCUGUGACCCGUAUGGCAGCUAUGUUAGAAAAUGGUGUCCAGAGCUCGCAGAUCUGCCGGAUGAGCUUAUUCACAAACCCUGGAAAUGUCCUGCUUCCAUGCUGCGGCGUGCAGGUGUGGUGCUUGGCCAGACGUAUCCUGAGCGAAUAAUUACCGACCUAGAGGAGCGUAGGAGUAGGUCACUGCAGGAUGUAGCUGCGGUGCGCAGAGAGUUUGGACAGUAUGUGGAUAAGUGCUCAGGCUGUGACUUGAUACCUUUACCCCCACGCCUGGUCUCUGAGGCUCUGGGGUCGUCUCACGGGGACGAGGCUGUGGAAGGGAAGCGCUUCUUGCUGCCUCUAAUCACACGCAUGGAAUUCAAAUACCAGCUAGAAAACCCAGAUGAAGAGGCAGCAUCAAACCCUUACAACGCUGUCCUGAAAGGAUACGUGAGCCGCAAGAGGGACGAGACCAUCGCCUUUUUCAACGUAAGAGACUUUAAAGCCAGCGUGAUGUGUGAGGGAGUCCAGAGACAGGAGAGGCUGGAGAGGGAUUAUCGCAGGAUGGAGGAGCUUCCUUCAUCUCCGUCACCCAGAGGAAGAGCAAGACGAACUCCAACAGCCAAGGACAGGUUCUCUGCUGUACCCAGUGGAUCAGUCACUUCUAUAAAGUGAUUGAAAAAUGAAGCUAAAGAACACGAUGAUUUAAAAAUCACAUUUAUUAUUGGCUUGUUUGGUAUUAAAAUGCAUCUCGGGCGGUUCAGUUUCAAGCAAGCACACCGCUUUAUUUGUUCACUUUGCACAUUACAGAUUAGUUCCUCCUAAAAAUUAUGUAAAUUACUUCUUUACUGAGCUUGCUGUGUAUUUUUGU